CACAUAAACCCAACACCCAAAAACCAAACUUUCCAAAAACCAUACAUACAAAGCCCACAAAUUAAAAUCCUCAAAAAAAUGCAAUGCCCAAUACAAAAUUCCAUAACUUACAACUCAACUUUAUGUGCUUGUAAUCCUGGUUUUUUAUACAACACCACCGGAAAAACAUGUUCUCCGUUCACCGGAGACAGAGAGCUGGUGGUGGGUACCGGAGUUGACUACUCUAUAAAUUUUCCAGAAACAAUAUUGUCAUUUGAUUCAAUAAAAAAGUACACACGGUCACAAGGUGUGUUUCUUGGAGCUACAUUUGUGAUGAUUGUUGGGUGGUUGUUGUUUUGUUUUCUUGUGAGGUUUGGAAGUCUUGGUGAUGGAAAGACAAAUUGGUUUAAGAUUAGAUGGUUGAUUAGUAGAUUGGAUAUUUGUUUUGCUACAAGACAUUGGCUGGAUGAUCAAAAGGUACUCAGGAAACGGAAAACAGAAUUGGGAGGAGCCUUUUCGAUUGCAAGUUGCAUUCUUUUUAUUGGUUUGCUUGCUGCGUUACUAUACCAAAUUAUAUCAAAGAGAACCAUAGAAGUGCAUAGUGUUGUAGCAGCAAAUGCACCUGAUUUGACCUUAUUCAGUAACGAUAUGGAGUUCAACAUAACCACAAUUUCUAGCAUGAGUUGUUCCAAUCUUCGCGGUCUCGGUACCUUACUCACUGGAAAGCCAGGUUUUUUGGAUUUUAGAACUGCACCCUUAUCCAGCUUUGCCAACUUUUCUUGCCAAAAUACCACAAACGGGCCGACGGUGACUCUUAAAUGCAACAAUUGUAAACUUAUCCGCGACAAUUUCUAUACUUCAUGGUAUUUUCUUGAUCUUCCAAAUAUGCCUGCAAGUGCUGUGGGUUUUCAAUUCAAUUUAACAGCAAGGGACCGUUUCCACAGAAAGCAUAUGAGUUUUGUGAGCGGAGUUUUGAAAAAUGGAAGCAAUAAUGGGGAUAAGUUUGUGACUUUUAGAGGGCAUGAUCCAAAUAUAUUGCAGUUUAAUUUGUUUCCUCGAAUUUAUCGUAAUAAACAUGAUCUCAAAAUUAUCCAGCCUUUGUUUCAUGAGUUUCUUCCGGGUUCUUCUAUUGAUGAGAGAAAUCAGCUUCGGGAUUCUCUUGAGAAUUCAAACAAUGGACUUGUGAACAUCACGUUACAUGUUAAUUUUCUUUCAUCAUACAUUGUUGAGGUCGACAAUCAAAACGUUUUGGGCCCAGUGGGAUUCCUUGCUGAUUUGGGUGGCCUUUAUUGUAUUAGUAUUGGCCUUUUCUUCUACCUUUUGGUGCAACUUGAAUACAGAUUUAAGAAGUUCCGUCACGAGGAUAAAGUAAUGAGAAGGAUUAGAAAUCAUAAAAAAGCACAAGAACGUUGGGACAAGUUGAGGAAAUACGUAAUUUUUACAUGGGGUCGUGGUUCAUUGCCUCUUGAAGAUGGAACCGUUGGGCCAACAGCAUGCUGCUCCGGGAUAUUUAUCAAGUCAGGCAGAAAUGAAGGGUCAUCAUCUAUGGGAAGGAAGCAUAUAAGACCGGAUACCAUCAGUUUUAACACGAAAGUUAGCAGGCCUGAUGAGAAGAUGUGCAGUCCAGAGCAAGUUCAAACCCAAGGGAUGGCAUGUCAUUUUGGUGAUUCGGCAUUGAUCCCUGGGGAGAACUUCUCGUGCCAAGUUCCCCAAAAGGAGGUGUCUGGUGAUAUGAAAUACAAGAAAGAAACUACUAUUCACUCGGAUAAUGGAGAGGCACCUAUGCACCAACCUUUGGCUUCAGCUGCUAAUGAUAUACCUUUGCCGCCUUCAUUAGAAAUCAAACUCGGUUCAGAGAUAGGUGCUUCGGAACUCCAGAAGAAUCUUCAAAACUUAUACGAAUACAAUGUAAUGCUUCGGGAGGAGUUGAUUCGUGCUCAAUCUAUGCUCCAUACUUUAACUUCAAGAGCUUCUGCAUCAAACCAACAAUAGUGGGCAAAUGAUUCCGUAUUCUAAUCCCAAUUUUCUGACUUGGCCACACGGAAAGAUGACAUGUCAUCACCGUUUUGUGAGGUCAUCUGGGCAUGAAAGAAUACUGGUGCACCUGUGUAUCGUAGUAGCAAUUUACUUGUAUAAAGCUUGUGUUGUCUGCAAUUUAAGAUUGGUUUAGUGUUUGCUGUAUAUGUCGAGUCUGCUAGAUACGUACAUAUUGUAACUGAUGCUAGUCAUAGAAUACAAACGAUUCUUAGUAAAA